CCCACCACCACCACCACUGAAACACUCAGUUGGACGGACCACUCAGACUGAAGACCACAUACACUCACCCCACCAUAAAUACUCAGCAAGCACCUCAAACUCAUCUCUCCCACAUCGCCUCCGCACCAAUUCCGAAUCAUCAAGCUCAAGAAAAUAGAGAAAAACAGUUCAAGCAAUCGAGCGAGCGUCCAGCCUCCUGCCGACUCAAGCCAAUCGACAGAAGAGGAUCCGAUGGAAGAAAACAUUAACAUGGCCGGUCUCAGGCCUGAGUUUUGCUCUCAUUCGGCCCGAGUCAUGUCAUUCAAAUCCAAGAAAACACUCCCCAAAGCUUCCCGAUGGCCUCACCCGCAAUCCUUCUCUCUGACAGCCGAAGUCCUAGCGUCUGCUGGCUAUUUUCAUGAUCCGGCUGAUAACGAGCCAGAUAGGACGACCUGUUGGAUGUGUGGAGAAUCUAUGAAAGGAUGGGCUGAAGAUGAUGAUCCCUGGGAGUUGCACCUCACUUGGAGCUCCAAGUGUCCAUUUGCUCGGAUAGCCCUACUAGAACAUCAGCGAGAUACCCAGAAACCUUCGUGGUCAGACUCGCCUACCCAGUCUUGGGGUCCUAGUCAAGAAUGGUUUCCUCGAGGAUCAACUAUGAUCGAAGCCCGCUUAGCCACUUUCUGUGGCCCAGACGGUCCUUGGAAGCACGAAGGCAAGAAUGGGAUACCUACCCGCUUAGAACUGGCUCGCGCUGGAUUUCACUUUACUCCCAACCUGUUCAAAAAAGGGCGCAAAUUUGAUGUCGAUGAUACAACUUCAUGCUGUUAUUGCCACCGGAGUGUGACUGAGUGGGAAGUAGAUGAUGAUCCAGUUUCAGUUCAUCUAAAGAAGGGUGCCUGUAUUUUCUUCACUGCCGUUCAACCGACUGAAAACGCCAAAAAAGCAAAUGGCAAACAGACCAAGAAACCUUCCAAAACCCCGGACUCUGGUCUCUCAAAUUCAAUCAAGGCUUCAGCUGCUGAUUUGUCAGCGGCUGAACUGCACGGGGACUCCGUGAUGACAGAGAAGAGCUCUCGCAGCAAGAAAAAGGCUUCUACUGCACCAAAAACUGGGCGACGCGUCUUAGCUUCUUCAAUAUCGGGGUCAGCCACUGCGGCCAACGAGUCUAUGGUUGCCGAAUCAGAAGACUCUGUCAUCCACCAAAAGCCAACUCGGGCCUCCCGCAAAGCUCCACCGGCCCCCGAUGUGCCACGUUCCCCUGAGCCAGUUGCCGAGCAAAGCGUUUCCAAGCCGCCGGUCGCCCUUGGAAAAUCUACGCGUCUAUCUCGAUCAACCUCCAAGGGAGCAUCGGCCCCCACUAGCAAUCGUUCGACCACUUCCAAUACAGUCAAUCGGCCUAGGACGAGAGCCAGCUCAAACGCGUCUAGUACUAUCGAUAAUAUCACCCGACAAACGAUCAACCGGAACGGUGAAGAUCAGUCUCAGUCUCCGACGGAAGAUGAGGAACCGGUGGUGAAGCCUAAAAAAACCCAGCGACAAAAGAAGCCAACUACUAAACCCAGUCAGCCCUCCUCGGUACUCGGCAGUGAAACCGAAGAUCAUCGCCCUGUUCGUCAGAUGAGUCGUAGCCAAAACACGAUAGUUGAUCAACGAGAACUUUCAACCGUCGGUCGGGGAGAUGAAUCGAAAGUUGAAGAAGAAGAAGAGAUUAGCAAUAAGAAGACUCGAGUACCUGGAAGGAAGAAGGGACCAAUCUCACAAAGUCUUAGAUCCGAAGCUCCACCGCAAGUGGCGCCCAACAAGAAGCUGAUGAAGAGUCCUGAGAUCCACUCACCGGAGGGAGACCAAUCAACGACGCGUCCGAAGGCUCUGAUGCCAUCCCUCUUUCCAGGGUUCAACCCGCAAGCGCCGCAACUGUACCCCACCCUGCUAACGGUUGCGGCCAAGAGGGCGGCCUCGACGGCUAGACCGACUGGCCCAGCUCCACUAGAGAAGUCGAAGCCUGUGGGUCCAAAGGAGCUCGCGCCAUCACGCUUCCCAGGCUUCCAUCCGCAAGCCCCGCCACUGGACUCGAAUCCUGUACCGGUUGCAGCCAAGAAGCCGGCGGCAGACUCAACGGCCGGCCCGAGGAGCCCACCAGGUGCCGAAGAGCGGAGAGCCAAGGCUGCGGGUCGACAAGAUAAGGAGGAGGAGGAAGAAGAAGAAGCCACGAAGGCACCGGCGACGGUUGACCAAGUGAACAUCGAUGGAUUGUUGAAGGAGUAUCUGGCGCGAGAGCCGGGCACGCUUCCUGAGGGCUGGCUGCCGAACCCUUACAACCCUUCCCGUCCGUUCCCGCCAUUGACAGAAGAGGAGGGGCAGAUGCCGUUGAAUGAGUACUUUGCAUAUCGGGCCAGACAGGAGGAGGAGGCCUUUGUCCAGUGGGUGGAUGAGAAGAUCUUGGCGCCUUGGCUCGCCGCCGUCGAGGAUGGUCAACUCCUCCUCCAAUCUUUCGUCGAUCUGCGCAAAUCUCAACGGCCUUCUAAUAAGAAUCUUAAACAGAUUCCUGCCACUUCUUCUUCUGCUGCUGCUGCGGCUGAAGGAAAGGAAAACAAGCGCGACUUGAACUCGAUUCAUUCCCGGUGAUUCACUCUUCUUGGUCCAUUCAUCUCAUGCCUCCUCAUCCAAUGCUUUACAAUCCCCUUCCUUUUCUCUGCAUUGGAGCCAAACUUUCUUUUUUUUCUCAUCACUUGAAUACGAGUAUGGUCUACGCUUGUCUCAGCUACAUUUACAAUCUUUGGGAUAUAUGAA